CGUCAUCGUGUCACAAGGUAAACAACAUGGCGGCUUACUUGGUUUUAUAUUUCUGCUCCUAGCUAAUGUUAAAUUCACCCAUAUGUUGUUUGGUGUUUAAAAUAUAGUCUUCAUAUCAUAUUUUUUAUAUUUACAGAGGAAAAGCCCUGACAGGUGUUUAUUUGCAGCUUCAUCUGAAACAGUCGGACUUCCUAGUCAUCUCUGUUGAAACCAUGGCCUCAUCGUUUGUCGUUGGGAAUCAGUUCAGAGACAAAGUGACUGAGUUACUGGAAAAAACAGACUCGUCUUUGCCGCAAAGACUGAGAGAAGAACUGGAGGAGAUUGUUCAAAAGCCACAACCGUCAACUUUGUCCUUCACUACAGCCAGAAAACUCAAGAACUACCUUCAAGAGCAAAAUCAUCCUUUCUACCUGCAUGAGUUGUUGGAGGACAGCUCAUUGCACCUUCCUGAGGUUGUGAAGCCUCCCAGGAACCCUGAGCUGGUCGCACGUUUGGAGAAGAUCAAAGCCAAACUGGCCAAUGAGGAAUACAGUAGGAUCACACGCAAUGUCAACACACAGGAAAUCAACAGAAGUGGAACAUUAGCUGAUUUUGGACGUGAAGUGAGAUCGGUCAAGGCAGUGGUGGUGACUGUAUUCAACUUUCUGGUCACUGUGAUUGCAGCUUUUGCCUGUUCCUACAUGGGCAGUCAGUACCUGUUCACUGAGACUACAGCGAGAGUGAUAUCAGCUGUGAUUGCUGCCUCUGUAGUCGGUCUUGCUGAGUUGUACGUCCUGGUCCGGACCAUGGAGGGAGAACUGGGGGAACCAUAGCAGCCAUGCACGAUAAAGGAGGAACUCCAGCCAGAUAUUUUACUUCACUGUAAAAAAUUACUCAGAGUUUUGUCUUUUAUUUGUGAGAGACAACAUUCCUUUUCUGUGACUUGUUUACUGAGAAAUGUCUGCUUAAUAUGACAUUCCACUUAUCAAGAUUCAAAUCUAAAUAUGAAGCAGUUUUCUUAUUUAUUUCUUUUCAUAUUUGUCCUGAAAUUACUUUUGGUUCUCUCUCUCCUCUUUUGAUUCUCACAUAUAAUUGUUUUUUAUUUUUAAUUAAAUCAUCAGUGCUAACUGAAGAGCUUUCAGCUAAUUUAAGCUACUACUCUGAAUAAUGCUGUAGGUACUGUAUGUGCUAAGGCUGCAAUUAAAGAUUAUUUUCAUAAUUGA